AUGCUCAUAGAGCUCUCGGGCCCCGAAAGAAAGGAGCAAGCGGACAGGCUGGCCAAUAAAAUGGCUGAACUGUUCGCAGACAGGCCAGAGAUUAGGAUCGCCCGCCCCCAGAAAAUGGGGGAAAUCCGGGCCAGCGGAGCGGGCCCAUUCGCCACACCCGAGGAUAUUGCCCGGGCUGUGGCGGAACAUGGAGGAUGCUCCCUCACCGAUAUCAAGGUGGGGGACAUCAGAACGAUGGGGAGGGGAAAAAGGUCCGCAUGGGUCCGAUGCUCUCUGGAGGCGGCCACCAAGGUCGCUAAAAUCGGCCGUCUACGGGAUAGGUGGUUCCACUUCAACGUGGAACUACUCGACGCGCGCCCCCUCCAGUGCUUUAAAUGCUUGGAGAAGGGGCACGUACAGGCCAAAUGCCCCUCGGGCAACGCAGACCGCAGCAAGUGCUGCUACCGCUGUGGCACCGAGGGGCACGAGGCAAGGACGUGCACAGCACCGGCGCACUGCACUUUGUGCCACGCAGCCGGUCGCUCGGCCUCCCACCGAAUGGGGGGCCUGGCGUGCAAGGCCCCAAAGAACGGGGGCAAAAGGACGAAGGGGGGGAAUGCUCAGGCACCCCCACCCUAA